AUGGCAGCCUACGCCUCCGUAGAUGCGAUCACUGACGGUAGCCUCAGUCCUCUGCUUCAAUAUAUAAUCGUCCUCGAGCAGCGUUCGUGCAUGGUACAGCAUGCAAUCUCCGGUGGUACUUUUCUGUCUCCUUGGACUGACUGUUUUAGCGGCUUCCCUUCAGCCGCAAGACGCAACACACCUCGAUCAGCUGGUGGACGAGGUGAGCAGCGUGACGGCGGAGGAGGAGGAACGCGAGCUGCACGAGGACGAAGUCCUGGUCCCAGCUCGGAUUUCACUGAGACCAGUUGUGCGGGGCGUAAUACGUGCCGUCCAACGCCAUGGCCCGAGGCUUGUUCGUGGUGCUAGGCGCGCCAUCGCAGCCGGUGCGCGAAAGGCCGGAGAGGUUGGUCGGAAGGUCUGGGCGGGUGCCAAAAGGGCCGGCAGAGCCGUGUGGCGCCAAGUCAGCAUCCCGCUGGAAUGGCCAAAGAAGAAGGACAAGAAGAAGAGGAGAUGA